GAGAAACAGCAGACAGAGCAAAGCUCACCUCCCCAACACAAAGGCACGGUGGGACGGGGCAGCUCUCGGGGUCUGUUGGCUGGACUACCUCUGCUGUGAGGUGUAUGCGUGACCCAGCGGGCUCCUCUCUCUCUCUCUCUCUCCAACGCUAGACUAUGGUCGGACUAUCAUCCACUACUCCAGAGGCGAUGGAGGUGCUGGUGAGCGAGCUGUCCGCCCUGCUGAAGCUGCUGGACCAGGAGACGCUCAGCGCCUCCACCCAGGAGAAGAAGAGCUCCGUCCGCAAGCUGCUGCAGCAGAUCAGCCCGGCAGUGACGGGAACAGACUACAUAUACAUGAACAUGCCGGUGUAUGGGAACGGCACCAGCUUUGUAGAGUCCCUCUUCGAGACGUUUGACUGUGACCUGGCGGAUCUCAGAGAAGCAACAGAGGACACCAAGCAAGACCAGCAGUCGCUAAUCAACGAGACAGACGCUCCACAACAGAGCGCCGCGAGCCCCACAACUCCUCGCCCGACGGCAGCUCCUCGCUCGGCUCCUCCUCUCUCGGCUCCCCCUCUUCUUUUGGCUCCUCCCUCGGCUCCUCCCCUUCCGACCACGCCUCCUCCAGAGGAUUACUACGAAGUGGCGCUGCCCCUCAGUCCCGGAGCCACGCCAGAGUACAUCGUCACCCGAGGCAGCUGCAGCCCUCCUAACUCCAUAGAGGACGGCUACGAGGACGCCGACAGCAACUACCCCCCGUCCUGUGUGACCCCGGGCCGCAAGAACUCCUACAACGACUCGGACCCGCUCAGCAGCUCCUAUGAGUCCUACGAGGAGGAGGAGGAGGACCGGGGGCCCGGGGCCCCGCCCCUCACGCACCAGUGGCCCUCAGACGAGAGCUCCAUGCCCCCCGCCCGGGACUGCCGCAUCUGCGCCUUCCUGCUGCGCAAGAAGCGCUUCGGCCAGUGGGCCAAACAGCUUACCGUCAUACGGGAGGACAGGCUGCAGUGCUACAAGAGCUCCAAGGACGUGGUCCCCUACGUGGACCUGCUGCUGCCCAUGUGCACCGUGGUCUACGCCCCCAAGGACAGCAAGCGCAAGAGGCACGAGCUGCGUUUCACCCUGCCCAACGGGGAAGGCCUGGUCCUGGCCGCGCAGAGCAAGGAGCAGGCCCACCGCUGGCUCCGGGUGAUGAGGUGAGCGGGCCUGGGGUCGAGUGCAGAGGAGCCCUCGUCUCCCAUCAUCAAGAAGAAGGCAGAGCUCGACAAGAGGUUGUCUGCUGAGAAGAACACCUCUGAUUCCGACAGUGUUGGGUUCUCUACAGUGGACAGUCGAGACAAUGGUAAAGUAAAGCGUGGGCCGUUCGCUGCGGGCAGGAAGAUCACACGCAUCAUCAGCUUCUCAAAGAAAAAGCCCCCGCGACCAGGGGACCCCCAAACUUCUUUCACCAACCCUCGACAAGGCACCCUGCUGGUCCUGGUGAACCAGGCGUGGAGGGAGCAGUGGUGCUGCGUGUGCAGAGGCGCCCUGCACUUCUACCAGGACCGAGGGGACCCCCGGACCAGCCUGGCCCCCGUCCUGCUGCACGGCUGCGACGUGCUCCCGGGGCUGGGGCCCAAGCACCCCUUCGCCUUCCGCAUCCUGCGCUCCAGCACGGAGCUGGCGGCUCUGGAGGUGCGGGGCAGCAGCGAGGAGCUGGGCCGGUGGCUCGGGGUCCUCCUGGCUGAGACGGGCUCGUCGGUGGAACCCGAGUCCCUGUACUACGACUACGUGGACCUGGACACCAUCGCCAACAUCCGCGACGCCGUGCGCCACUCCUUCCUGUGGGCCACUUCCUCCAGCAGCACUUCCACAGACUCCCGGACCUACGACGAGGUGCCCCUCGAGACGACGCAGCCGGAGUCCUCCGCCCGGCCGACGUCCUGUCACCCGGCCAAGCGGUGCUCCAGCCUCCCUGGCAGCGACCCAGGGCGGAGCAAGCCACCCGUCUCCCUGAAGCGCACUGGCUCAAAUUCCAACCAGUACGGAAGGUAUGGUAAAACCAGGGCCGAGGAGGACGCCAAACGCUACCUCAGGGAGAAGGAGGAGUUGGAGGCGGAGAAGGAGGGGAUCCGCACUGCGCUGGUCGUCCUCCGUCAGGAGAGGAGGGACGUGAAGGAGGAGCUCAAGAUGGCCACCGAGAAGCAGAGGCCCUCUCUCUCGGAGCUCCUGUCCCAGCUGGAGGAGGCCUGCCGGGCGAAGGAGGCGGACCGGGUGGACCUGGAGCUGAGGCUGACCCAGGUGAAGGACAACCUGAAGAAGAGCCAGGCGGGCGGGGCGCUCGGAGCCCCCGUGGAGGGGAAACUUCCAGCCAAGGCGGGCAACAGUAAAAUCCAGAAUAUCUACAGUGAGGCUUUGCCCGUCAACUGUGCCACAGAGAUGCGCAAAAGACCCCCGUCUGUCUACGCCUCCACUAAAGGAACUGUCAUGCAGAAGGCCAAGGAAUGGGAAUCCAAGAAAGCAACCUAAGGCGGAGUCAAGUGGAACGUAAACGCUAUCAAGGUUCAUGUUCCUGCCUGAAGAUU